AACCUUGGACGGGCACUAAACAAAGUGAAAGGAGCCUAACUCGGACCUUGAAAAUAUCCACAAGAAAUAUUCAGCGUGAAAACAGGCCCUGGAACUCGGAUCAUAUUAUGUCUUAUAGCUGAAUUGUAUAAAAGGUGACUUCUUAUGACUGAGACAACUGGAAGGAAGAUGGUAACGAUGGUGCUCUUUUCACUUUAAGAACAACACAUAAAAGCUUCUUUGUUAUUUCUAUGUUAUCCAAUGGAGUCUGAAGAAACUAAUUGCUCUAUUACCACAAUAAGUGUACCAUUUCAGAUUUUCAGUAUAAUUACUUAUAUUCCACUUUUUAUUUUUGGCGUUAUAUGCAAUGUCCUGGCACUUUGGAUUUUUUGUUGCAAAAUGCAAAAAUGGACAGAAACUACUCUUUUCAUGGUGAAUCUGAUGCUUGCCGAUAUCUUGGUCACUUUGACCUUUCCAUUCAGACUUUAUGCUAUCUUACAUAAAUGGGACCUUGGAAGUGAACUGUGUAAAAUCUUAAUGUCCUCGUACUUUGUGAAUACGUACAUUAGCAUUUUCACUAUCAUGGCUAUUGCUUUUGACAGAUACUUGGCAGUCAGACACCCAAUGAAAUACAAAAGUUGGAUGUCAUUAAGGAAAGCUUCUAUCAUGUGUUGUACCUUCUGGAUCAUUUUUAUCACAGUUAGUAUCCUGAGGAAUUUGGAAAGCAGAGGCUACAAGUUUACCAUAUGUUUUCAGAAAGACAGCAAUCAACCCUUUAACUUGUCCUUAGUCUUCGUCGUUGUUGGAUUUGUCCUUCCUUUGCUAGUUAUAAGCUUUUGCUCCUGGAAGGUCAUCAUGACUUUAAGGAUCAGAACAAGAAUGCAUCCUUACAAGCAGUGUUCCGUCAAGAGAGCUGUGAAGAUAGUUAUAGCCAACUUACUGAGUUUUGUUAUUUGCUUCUUGCCUAUUCACGUUGGAUACACAAUCCGUUUUGUAGCUGAAAACCUCAAGGCCUCUUGUUACAUACUCGAAAAAGUCAAUGAUUUUAUUCAUGUGGCAAACUUCAUGGCAAACUCAAAUUGUGUUCUGGAUUCAGCGUGCUACUACUUCGCGGCCAGUGAAUUUUGGAAUGCUUUUUCCAAACAUGAGUUCACUUUAUCUAAAUGCAAGUCUUCAUGUGUGUCAUAAACCUGUGAACAACCCAUGUAUGUUACAGAAUAGCUUGCAGAAAAUGGGUAGAUAGACAGGCGAGGAGGCUAUAUGAGCAAGGUCUUAGCAGUACAGAGCCAUGAUAUUGCACUCAUAGACUUCUAAGUCUACCACUGUAUGUCUCUGAUACGUGCUGAAGUAUGCCUACUUUUUUAUUUUUCUCAUAUCUCACAGUUUUACUACUUUUUAGCUCCAUGUGAUCUGUGACUACAGCAUGAUAAUGUGCCUAUCGGGAGUCUGAGACACGCCUCCUGCCUCUUCAUUGGCUCCACUAUCUCCCUCCCCUUCCUCAGAUUGGCUUCUUUGUAUAAACACAGCCUACUACAGGCUCACAGGAAGUUAGGUGGAGAGCUGAUUUCUAUUACAGCAAGGCAAGGGCAGAAUGAUUAGACAGCACAGAUUUCUAAGCCUCCAACAGAUAAGUACCAAACAUAUACUGAGGAGUAUGAGCCUCACUAUGUAGGAAAUGGAAGGGUCGCUUUAAUCCUGCCAUGCAGACACUGGGUAAGGCAGAAGAAUACUAAGAUAAGAUUUCAACAAUAAGGUCUAGAAGGCUAAACAGAAUGGAGUUUCCGCGGCUAAUGCCAUGUUUUGUUAUGAUUCUUCCCUGGAAGGCACGCUUCUAGGUGAGAAGUUGCAUAGUACAACAUCUGAUGAAGCAUGGCGUGUUUAUUUCAUAUGCAUGUGGAAUUCAUAGAGAAAAAGACUCCAUAUAUCUAUGUAUGAGGCAUAUAGAGGUAUAGUAGGGUCCUAUAGAAGUCUAUAGGUGCUGUAUUACAGCUUUGUACAGUUCAGAUAUGGCUAUAUGUGUGACUCCCUGCUCAUUUGCAAACUAGACAAAAUAAAAGUGGGGGCUUUAAAAGGUCGAAAUACUGGUAUAUGCCAGUCUGUGAUACAGGAAACCACAUCAGAUUGAUCUAAAUAAUGUUUCUGCUUGUCAGUGGAAAUAUAUUGCAGAUAUGUUUUAUAACAAUGAUAAUCUUACAAUUCUUACUACUGGGGAAGCCACAAACAAUUGAAAUGUAAGAUUAUGAAAAAAAUGUGAACCAUGAGAGAAAAUGAGAGAUAUAUAUCUGUCCCUAACAGCUUACAACGGAAUUGAAAGAGUGAACAAAUCUCUAUAGUGCCAGUGUUGGACCAGGGUUUCUUGAGCCUACCUGACAAUAUGAUAGUCCAAAGUACAUCUAUGAAGAACUCUUUUGGUUGCAUUGUAAAUGCUGAUGUUCUCAUUGCACAUUGUGGAAACAUCAAUAAGAUAACAACUAUCUGAAGUAACACAGGAGAAAAAGUCCCUACUAACAAGUGGUUGCCUCCAAUGCCAGCUCUAAAUGGGAUCCUAUGGCACUCCAGCUCUAAUCUCAUAUGAAGGCAAAAGGUGAUGUUUUCUGUUAGAUUACAUAUGAUGGCUUAUAGCUACUGUAAAAAGGGCAAUAAAUGGGUAAGCUGUAACCUUUGAAAUGUACAAAGGACUUAAUAAAAUCUGUAAAAUUUGCAAAAAUACAAAAUGAACGGCAGGUGGCCAAAGAGAACAAAUAAAAUCCCUGAGUCUUUAUGAGCAUGGUCAAAGCAUGUAGAUUCCCCAAAUAAUGGUAAAGGCGGGUUAGUCACUGAAGAUAAGGAAUAUGCAGAUAUACUGUACUAAAUGUGUUUUUAGUUCUGUAUAUACAAAAGGGCUGUUAGUACACCCAGUGAUAUACUCAAUUGGCUAACUGUAGAUAUGGUACAAGCUAGGUUAAAGGGGUUCUCAUCAUGGACAAUGGGGGCAUACCGCUAGUAUAUGCCCCCAUUGUCUUAUAGGUGGGGGUCCCAACGCUGGGACCUUUUGGGGCAAAACUCUUCUUCUAUAAUUGUUGGGGACCCAAUUGCAGUGUCCUUAUGAGUGCUCAGAGAGCUGGCACAGACACACUGCUGAUUCUCUCCUUUAUCACACACGUGCAUACAUCUUUAUAAUACUACAGAUAAUCAUAGACAAAUCUGGCACACCGCCAAGAGGGUGGAAAUCAAAACUAAUGGUUUGAUUCAUUAUUCAUAAAAGGGAAUAGUUCAGUUCCAUGGUUAGCUAUGUUAAUACAUUUCACUCCAGAUAUGUUAAUUCAGACUUUUAAAAAGAGUAAAUGGGUGACAUAGAAAGUGAGUGACAUAUCAAGACAGAAGUGUUAGUGUACAGCCACACAGGUCUCUUGAUUUAGUUUUGGAAGCCAAAACCAGGAGUCAAUUAAAAAUAUAGGAAAAGUCAUAUCUACCCUUUAGUCAUAUCAGGAAACCUGACAAUGUUGCUGUACCCUUAGACUUAGGGUAUUUUCACACUUGCGGCAGAGGAAUCCGGCAGGCAGUUCCGUCGCAGGAACUGCCUGCCGGAUCCGGCAAAACUUAUGCCAACUGAUUGCAUUUUAAGACUGAUCAGGA